UGCACCCUAGGUUGACCAACUGGUAGCCCUUUCCUUCCAGAUCCUGCGGCUUGGGUGUCAGCUCCUCUGACUUUCCUUCGACGAGACGCUCGAUAGUAUCGACUUUAUACGUCGUAGCGAGGUCUUGCUGUAGACUCAUCUUCCAGGCGCGAGAUAGAUUUGCUACGCUGGGAUUGGCCACGUUAGCGAGCUGUGUGAGAUUUCCAGAGUAGUUAGGUUCCUCGACGAUGUGAUUAGGAUCUAUUCCUUUCGGGCUAUUUAGGACCAUUUAAGACUACAUGAAAUUUGGUGGGAUGUCGUCCGAUCAUCGUUUCGUGUCGUCCGAUAAUCGUUUCCUGUCGUCCGACCGUCCGGCGCAUCACCCGCCUUCGUCGCUUUCGCGUGCACAGCUCACCGGCUUCCUGGACCUCCUCCCUCCGGUCGAUUUCGCCUUCGCGUAUGGCUCGCGCGUCUUCCAGCAGCCACCUGUCCACAGCAAAGCGGCGCGCGAUAUCCCGCUAGACUACAAGAGCAGGCUAACCGGCAGCUAUGGCGGUGGCAGCAACAACCGCAAUAGCAGCGAUCGUUAUCACAUCGAUAUCUGCAUAGGCAGCAACAGCAGCAGCCGCACCACAGAAGCCUCUUCCAGCUUCAGAGGCGACUGCGGGGACAGGGAAAACCCCCCAGGCGAGCAGCGUGUCUCUACUUCCUCCCAGUCGUCUCCCUCCUCCACUCCCCUGACCUCCUCUUCCGUCUCUCCCCCACCAUCAUCUUCUUCCAUGGUGGAUUUCAUCCUGGCCGUGGACGACCCACUGACAUGGCACGCCCAGAACUUGAGACAUAACCGCGUCCACUACUCCUCUCUCCUUGCCACAUUUGGCAGUCGAGCUAUUGUAGCAGCGGCAGACAUGGUGGGUGUGGGAGUGCACUUCAAUCCGUUCGUUCCGCACUCCCCACUUAACCAGGUGAAGUACGGAGUUAUUGCAACUAGGGCUCUCCAAACUGAUCUCACUUCGUGGCAGCACCUCUACAUCAGUGGUCGCCUUCACAAGCCUGUACUGCUGCUUUGCUGUGGAGAUUCUUAUCCCUCAUGAUACCAUUCUCUCUCUUCAAUCACACAAUCUGAGAGCAGCUGCCGCUGCUGCGCUGCUGCUUCUCCCCCACACGUUCACAGAGCAUGAGCUCUACGAGGCAAUUUGCCGAAUCUCAUACUCAGGCGAUGUGCGCAUGGCAUUGGCGGAAGACCCCAACAAGAUCAGCAGAAUUGUCUCCGGUGGUUUCCACCAUUUCCGCGCGCUCUAUCGCUCCUCUCUCCAGCAUUUCCUCGACUCUGGCUGCCUUUGUUCUGCUCCUGCGGAAUUGUCAGCAGCUGGAACACAGAGCGACACAUUAAUGGAACAGGAAAGCUCGACCUCGAGUCGCCGGUUCCUCCUCCAGCACCUCCCAAUGUCUGUCCUUGCCUCCCUCUCGCGUCACCUCCUCCCCACUCCACCUUACCUUCCUCGCUCCCCCCUCGCAUCCCACUUCCGCGAAGGCUCUACCUCUCACAGCUCCAAGAUGUGUGAAAAUCCAUCAUCACCAACAUUAAAACAGCCCAGUGUUGCCACAUCAGCAGCAGCUCUCUCGCGCCCGCUUGCACUCAGUACCUCGAGAAAGAUGCUGUGUGCUGAGCUGGCAGCUCAGCUGGCGAGGCGAGUUCGCUUAGCCAGUGCUAGGCAAGCCAUAGCAGGAGUGCUCGCAGCAGGUCCAGCACAUGCUAUGAGGUAUCUGUCAAAGAAGCUAGCUAAGGCAUGGAUGAAGACCUAGGUGCACCUUAUUGCAUUGCAAUGAAAGAUUUUUGUGAAAUACAAAGGAGAAACUUGC